AGGUGGAUGAUGCCCCUCCCUGACUGGCUGCGCGAGCGCUUUCCUUCCCUAGGCUGAGGGAGUAGGAGUGUUUUGCAGUCUCUGGAAAAGAUGGCGGCAGCUGCGGCCCGUGGAGUCGGAGUCAAGGUGGGCAAGAACCUGAGGGAGAUCCGCAUCCACUUGUGCCAACGCUCCGCCGGCAGCCAAGGAGUGAGGGACUUCAUUGAGAAACACUACGUGGAGCUGAAGAAGGCGAAUCCCGACUUCCCUAUCCUGAUCCGCGAGUGUUCCCAGGUGCAGCCCAAGCUGUGGGUCCGCUAUGCUUUUGGCCAAGAGAAGAAUGUCUCACUGAACAACCUCAAUAGCGAACAAGUGGCCACAGCCCUAGUGAAUGUGAUGAAUAGCAAAGCCUGACGUCUCAAUAAAACAUUUAAGAAGAGCUGCCUUGGAGCUUGGCCGAUGUUGGACUGAGAAUGAAAUAUCCAUGUGUUUUUAAAUUAUCUUUCCAUGUAAACCUUGUAUUUUAAUUGAACUAUAAUUUUUCUGAAUGUUUUCUCUACCCUCCCCACACCCAAACAUAUGGAUGUUAUCACCACAUUGUGACUGAAGAAAUUUAAUGUAAUACAACUUUUCAGUUUUAAA